AUGUUUGCCGAGAAGAGCUUAUGUUCCAUCAUCGCCACGCACUUCAUUCGGCCCGCUGAAGUCAUGUGCGAGAUGUUUGAGAACCAUUCUGCCGAAAGUCUCCACGUCCUCAGCCUGUUGAGCACGCUCGAUGCCAAGAGUGCCAAAGCGAUUUCUUGCCGCCUGCACUGCAAAGAGUGCCAAGUGGAAACUGGCCUUUGCAGUGUCUGCGACAACUCGAUGAGUUUGGAUCCCACAAGCGGCAACUGCGUAGCAGUGUGCCCCCUCGGAUAUUUCUCGUCGGGCACUGGCACAUCCGACCGAAUAUGCGAGCCAUGUAGUUCGAAUUGCAACAAAUGCCUCCAUGGAAAGGAGUGUUUGGAAUGCAAAAGUUCCAUGUACCUCUCGGCUAGAACUUGUCAGCCUGAAUGCCCUAGUGGCUUCUACAAGCACGGCGCGAGUGCUGUGGGUCGGACAUGCUUGCCCUGCUCCAAGAAUUGCAAGCAGUGCCCGGACUGGUUUUCCUGUGAUGAGUGCGAGCCUGAUGCGUACCUUGCAAGUGAUUCCAGCUGCGUGACAGAUUGUCCUGAUGGAUAUUAUGCAGAAGGAAACGGCAUUGCUGGUGGAGUUUGUCGUGCCUGUGAUCCGACGUGCACCAAGUGUAGUGGGCCAUACGCCUGCAGUGAAUGUGCAGGCUCAAGAUACCUCACACCAUUCUUCCAAUGCGAGGCUCAUUGUCCCACUGGCACUUAUCCACAUGGGCAGGGGCAUGUUGGUCGCCAGUGCUUGCUGUGUCCCCCCGGCUGUUCAGCGUGCACAAGUGCCAGAAACUGCUUGGAGUGCGUCGAGGACUUCUAUCUUGCUCCAGAUCAGAUGUGUACGCAGUCCUGCCCUGAUGGAUACUAUGGAACUGACAGCCGUGCAUCGGUAUGCGAAUCGGCAUUCUCAAAGCGCUUCAAUCUUGGGGCCUUCUCGGAGACUGCCACCGGCAUGUCGGAGGUCGUGCUAGUCGGUGAGGAGCCACCGGAGAACUGCUGUGCUGCAUGCGUAGCUGCAGAGGGCUGCGGUGGCUUUGAGCUCAUCGACGGCAACUGCCACAUGAAGGGCAAUCUCGGCAAGCUGACUAGGUCCGGAAGCCGAACCUACUUCGAGAAGCUUCCCCGAACGCAUCCCGUUUUCUCCGGCGCUACACGCUACUGCACGCCCUGCCCAAGCCACUGCAGCUCGUGCACUAUGGACGGUCAGUGCACAGAAUGCAUGGCUUCAAAAAGCCUGAGCUUUCGUGCACAGUGCAAUGCUGAGUGCCCAGCGGGCUACUACAAGAAUGGCACGGAUGAAGUGGGAAAUCUUUGCCAAGAUUGCAUCAGUGCUUGCAGCCUGUGCGAGAGUGAGACUGUUUGUACGGAGUGCCGUCAAUUCAAGUUCUUGACGCCCAACAGCACCUGCGAGGCCGAUUGUCCAGAUGGUUUCUGGCCAAAUGGCACGGAGGAGAUUGGAGGCCUUUGUUCCAGGUGCAAGGACGGAUGUACAAGGUGUACGUCCUGGGAGGUGGCGACAGAGUGUGGGCCCCUCCACUACCUCACGCCCGACCACAAAUGCAGCAAGACUUGCCCAGACGGCUUCUACGCGGACGGUGAGCCUUCAUCCAUUGGCGGCGUCUGUACCAAGUGUGUUGAGCCAUGUACUUUGUGCAAGUCUGCAGAGAGGUGCACGCAAUGUGGCAAUUACAGUUUCUUGACGCGAAACUUCACAUGUGAAGAUGCAUGCCCCGACGGCUUCUUCUCAAACUAUCCGAACCAGGACGUGGACAAAGCCAUUGGACGUACUUGUUUGGCCUGUAGAUUCAACGAGGGCACCUGCAAGAACGCCUUGGACACGAUCGCCAAGCGUUGGGUGGCAUCAUUCCUUGAAGAUGGGAACAAGACGUCAGAAGCAGAGUUUACAGUGCUUGCAGAUGAGUGCAAGAAUGGGAAGUUUCUCAGUCCAGGGAGGAGCUGCCAGGACAGAGAAUUCUGUUGGCCUCCGUAUGUCAACCGACGAUACCCCAAAGUUGGCAGCAUCAACGAAAGCAGACCGGAUGAUGGUUUGAUUGGUGGAGUCUGUGCAGAGUGUCCGGGUGAUUGCAACCAAUGUGAGCUGUGGGACAAGUGCACGGAAUGCAGGCAUUCGAAGUAUCUCACUCCGGAUGACCACUGCAAUGAUACUUGCCCAGAGACGCACUAUCCACACAAUCCAAAUCAGAACCAGACUGACAGCAGCGUGGGACGAGUCUGCGUAGCCUGUGAGGGCAACUGCAGUCAUUGCAUCACGCAGACGGAGUGCACCCAAUGCAAGAAUGGAGCGCAUCUCACGCAUAAGGGGGAAUGCAACUUGGAGUGCCCAGAAGGAUACUACGAGCAAGCACCAUCCGGAGGUGGUGCAGUCGGAGGUCUCUGUGUGAUUUGUCCAGGUGACUGCAACACUUGCGACAACGCAGAGGUGUGCACUUCCUGCCGAAAUCGGGCCUUGCUUUACAAGGGGCAGUGCUUGAAAGAGUGUCCGGCGACCCACUAUCCGGAGAUCUCUGGUGAUAUUGGAGGGGAAUGUAUGGAGUGCAAAGGACUCUGCAGCGAGUGCAUGGCAGACGACAACUGCACGCAGUGCAAACCCCAGGGCUUCUUGCAUGGAACCUCCAAGAAAUGGCUGACCCGGGCUUUUCUGCAGCAUGAAGGUUUGAAGAAGACCUGUGCCAAGCAGUGCCCGGUCGGCUACUACAAGGUGAAGGGCAAGAAAACAAACAGGUACUGGAGCCGAGAACGUGGCGUGAACGGUCUCUUUGGAAGCACCUGUGAGCCUUGCGGGUCGGACUGUCAUGAUUGCUCGGACUUGGAGACCUGCUUGAAGUGCCAGAACAGCAAGUUUCUGGAUGCAAAGAGUCAAUGCCUUGUCGCCUGUCCUGAUGGCUUUUGGGGCAAAGGCUCAGAAGCCAUCGGACGGACUUGUGAACUUUGUGCUGAGAACUGCACGACCUGCCUCUCAGACCAGACGUGCACGGAGUGCAAGAACAGCAAGAUUCUCACCCCGAGCGGAACGUGUGAUGAUGACUGUCCGGAUGGCUUCUACGCACACUCCAGCACAGAAGAUGAUCCAACCAUCGGAAGCCUUUGUGUGGCCUGUCCUGAAAAUUGUGCCAAGUGCGUCAGCCCAGAUCAUUGCACCGAGUGCAAAUCCGCCACCUAUCUCACAGACGAUCACACCUGUGAUCCACUUUGUCCUGAUGGGUUUUAUGGCGAUGGCACUGCUGAUGCUGGAAGAACAUGCAAAAGAUGUUCUGAUGACUGCAAUCGCUGUGCAAGUGACGACAUGUGCUACGAGUGCAAGAACCACAAGUUUCUGACGCCCGGCGAUGCUUGCGAGGCAGAGUGUCCGGAAGGCUACUAUGCCGACAUCUCCUCGGACACUCCUUCUGUGGGUGGUCUUUGUUUGCCAUGCCCCAGCGGUUGCGCUGCCUGCGAUGGACCAGACAGCUGCACCGUGUGCAGUGACAACAGAUUCUUGAACAGUAAGUCUCGUUUGAACCCUACGAACGAGUGUGUCGAGAAGUGUGCAGAGGGCAACUAUGGGAAGACCGGGAAGAAGGAUGGAACCCAUGGGACUUGUGAGCCCUGUCCAGCAGAAUGUGCAAGCUGCGUCGGUGCAGAUGCAUGCCUCUCUUGUAUCGACGGCUACAAGUUCUCGAAGUCGGAUCGCUCAUGCAGUAGCUUCUGCAAAGCCGGCUUCUUCAAGAAUGAGAAGGGCAAGUGUCAGAAAUGCGCCCAUGGUUGUGCCAUGUGUGUCAACGCCUUCCUCUGCACCCGUUGCAUGGAGAACUUGUAUGCGACCGCUGACAUGACCUGCGAGGCCGAUUGCCCUAACGGUUUCUAUGGUGUUGGUACCAAAGAUACCGCACGCCGGUGCCAGAGAUGCAAGCCCCACUGCAGCAAAUGCAUCGAUGCAGACAUCUGCACCGAGUGCACAAAUCGCAAGUUCCUGACUCAUCUGGACACCUGUGAAAGCAUGUGUCCCACUGGCUACUACCCCGAGGCACCGAACGAGAGCCAGCCCACAGGAGGUAUUUGCUUCCCUUGCCCUCCCAACUGUGUUGCUUGUGAGUCUGCGGAGAAGUGUACGGUCUGCAACAACAACACCUACCUGACCGAAGAUUUCCAAUGUAGCCAAAGUUGCCCUACGCACUUUUACGGCGAUGGUACCAAAGGUGUAGGCCGCACCUGCAUGAAGUGUGGGGACGAUUGCGCCAAGUGUGCUGGGGAGGACUUGUGUAUUGAGUGCAAGAAUGGCAAGUUUCUGUCUCCAGACGGAUCCUGCGAGCUGAGAUGUCCCAUUGGAUAUUAUCCUUCAACGCCUGCUGGCAUGCUCGGUUUGGGCGGUGAAUGCCUCCCUUGUGCCGAAAACUGUCACAGGUGCACAGGAGCUCACGCCUGCUUGGUAUGCCGGCAAGAUGCAUAUCUGACAAACACCUCGCUUUGUGUGGAGGAGUGCCCGGUGGGCUUUUAUGGGACAGGUAGCGGAGGCUACAUGCGCACUUGCCAGCCUUGUGCUGAGCAUUGCAGUCAGUGUAUCGGAGCAGAGAACUGCACCGAGUGUGUGGAUGGCAUGUUCUUGACACCGAGUGAAACAUGCGAGGCGGAUUGCCCGGACGGUUUUUACGGAAGCAUUCAGUUGGGGAAGGCUGCUGGGACCUGCGAGCCCUGUUCUGCCAACUGUAGCACCUGCAUAAACUCCAUGGCAUGCACGGAGUGUCAGAAUUAUCAGUACCUCAAUGGUGGGUCCACUUGCUCAGAGUUGUGUGAGCGUGGGUUCUACUACCACAUGCCUGAUAACACUGGUGGAGUUGGUGGAAUGUGCAAGGCUUGCAUGAAUCAUGCAAGCACAUGUGUGAACGACACGCUGGCAACACAGUGCAAGGACAACAUGUACUUGUCAUCUUACACUUGGACUUGUGACAAGGGCUGUGCCGCUGGUGAGUAUCCAGUCGAGCCCAUCAACGGCAUGGGGGGGGAAUGUCGGCAGUGCAACGACAACUGCAGCCUCUGCACAUCCUACACCUCCUGCACGCAGUGCCAGCACUACACCUACCUCAACCCAGAUGAUUGGUGCAGAGACACGUGCCCGCUCGGCUACUAUGCAGAGAACGGCACGGAUGGCGUCGGUGGCCUUUGCAAGCUCUGCCCUCCGACAUGUAACCAGUGCAACAGCGCAGACGACUGUACCGAGUGCAAGAGGUAUACAUUCCGCACGCCUGAUGCCAGUUGUGAAAAUGUGUGUCCGGACAACUACUGGGAGUUUGGAAUGGAUGCAAUCGGAGGUACGUGCGAGAUGUGUGCGGAGAAUUGCAGUCUUUGCAUCAGCGACACGCAGUGCACGGAGUGCAACAGCUCGAUGUUCCUCUCGCGCUCUGGAGAGUGCGUGGAGCACUGUUCCGACGGAGACUUUGAGUUGGGAGCAGAAGAAAGGGGACGAACGUGCCAGAAGUGCCCACCAGAAGUGCAUCGGUGCAUCAACGCAUCCUUUGCCACAGAGUGCAAGGACUCCUUGUACUUGACCCCCAGUGGGAAAUGUGAGGAGAAAUGCCCACCCGGAUUUUACAACCACGGUGAAGGAGAGAUUGGACGAACAUGCCCUCGAUGCGCACAGAAUUGCAGUCAGUGUGAGGACGCGCAGACAUGCACCGAAUGCCAGAAUUCACAUUUCUUGACUCCCUGGAACUGGUGCGAGUUGGACUGCCCUGUCUCCUACUACAAGUCAGGGAACGAGGAGGUUGGCAACACCUGUGAGAAGUGUCAAACCCAUUGUCGCACCUGCAUAAGUGAGUUGGAGUGCACCGAGUGCAGUGACAACAAGUACCUAACACCUGGCAGAAGUUGUGAGUCUUCAUGUCCGGACAACUUCUUUGAGUUUGGUGUCGGUGAAACAGGGAGAACUUGUCCACCCUGCGAAACCAACUGUCACAAGUGCGAGUCUGCCACUGUGUGCACAGAGUGCAACAAUUCCUUGCACUUGAUUGACGGCGACUGUGUUCCGGUCUGUCCAGACGGCUAUUUCCACGAAGGUGCUGAGGAUCGGGGGCGCAUUUGCAGGGAGUGCGACAGCUCCUGCUCCAAAUGCAGUGGCUGGGACGUCUGCUUGGAGUGUGGACACGACAUGUAUCUGACUCCAAACAGCACCUGCCAAGCCCAAUGUCCGGAUGGGUACUAUCACAAUGGCACCGGCGACUUCGGACGAACCUGCCCGCAAUGUGCAGAGAACUGCAGCCUGUGCACGGAUGCCAACACAUGUACUGAGUGCCGGAAUUACACGUACCUGACCCAUGAAGAUUGGUGCCAACCAGAAUGUCCAACUGGCUACUACGAGCAUGGCACGGAAUACCUAGGCGGCACAUGCGAGCCGUGCUCAGAGAAUUGCCGUGAGUGUACCAGCAAUUCAGUCUGCUUGGAAUGUGGAAGUGAGAAGUACCUGGAUCCCUCAAGCUCCAGCUGCAAAACUUCCUGCUCUGCUGGUUACUUCGGAAAGGAGGGGACGGAGGUCAUCGGCCGCACGUGUGAGCCCUGUGCAUCCACUUGCAAUAUGUGCGACUCAGAAUCCGAAUGCACGGAGUGCAGGGACUUUAAUGCUCUGACGCCGUUCAGUACUUGUGAGAAGCUGUGCCCACCGGCAUUCUACCCGAACAUCAGUGGAGAGAUUGGUGCGAUUUGUGCACGUUGCCACGACACGUGCAAUACUUGUGAUUCUGCUGAGGUUUGCACUCAAUGCAAGAUGCACUUGCAUCUGAAUCCUGACGGCAAGUGUCGAGAGACCUGUCCUGUUGGCUACUACCAGUUGGCUGGCAGCGGUGCAAUUGGUGGAAGUUGCCCGCUGUGUUCGGAGAAUUGCAGCCAGUGUGCCAACGCAGAGGUAUGCACCGAGUGCAGGAACUCCACGUUCUUGACGCCAUAUUUCUCCUGCGAAGCUUCCUGCCCACCCGGCUACUUCGGGCAGAGCGAUGGGGAGAUCGGAAGCGUCUGCCAACACUGCCCUCCAGGAUGCAACCUUUGUGAGAGCUUAGAGGUCUGCACCCAGUGCAAAGAUCACAAGUAUCUGCAGCCAGAUGGAACAUGCGGAGAUGUGUGUCCGCUGGGAUUCUACAUGCUGGAGGGCGACGGAGUAUUUGGAAUAGGAGGGUCGUGUCCGCUCUGUGCCGAAAACUGUAGCCAGUGCGUCAAUGGGACCUUCUGCACGGAGUGCAGGAACAGUACAUAUUUGACACCGUAUGGCUGGUGUGAUGUGGACUGUCCCGCCGGAUCAUACAAGCAAGGCAACUCGACCAUCGGCCAGACAUGCCCAUUGUGUCCCUCUAACUGCAACACGUGCGAGUCAGAAACAUACUGCACGGAGUGCAAGAGAUCUACGUAUUUGACAAGCACGCAUGAAUGCGAAACAAGCUGUCCCACAGGCUACUUUGCAAAGCGUGAAGGGAAAGUGGGAGGACAAUGCGAAAAGUGCCCCCAGCAGUGCCCAGAAUGCGUCAGCGCAGGCGUUUGCACCAAGUGCAGUGCACCCCACUUCCUCACACCGAAUGGGGAGUGCACAGAAAGGUGCCCGGAUGGCUAUUACCAGGCGCAAGGAGCUGAUGGUGGAAUCUGUCCCAUGUGUCCAGAGAAUUGCGCGAGCUGUGACAGCAGGGAGAAGUGUACGUCAUGCAGGCGUGGCACGUUUAUGACUGAGUAUCAUCAAUGCAGGUCAGAGUGCCCCGCAGGCUUCUACGGACUAUUCGGAACCUGCUAUACAUGUCCAGACACGUGCAACUUGUGCACGUCAGCCUUUGAGUGCACAGAGUGCAAGGAUGGCACGUACUUGACAGCAAGUGGCACCUGUGAGUACGAAUGCCCUGAUGGAUAUCACCAGCGCGGAGACAGUCCAAUUGGUAGGUUCUGUUCAAAGUGUCCCUGGACAUGCCUCACUUGCCUCAGUGAUGAUGAAUGCACGUCAUGCAAGAAUCAUUCCUGGCUCAGCCCUCACAAGAUGUGUGAUUUUACUUGCCCUGAUCAUUUCUACAAAGAGGGGGAUGCAGAAGAGGGCAAUGAAUGUCGGAUCUGCCCUGGUGAUGCCAGCAAGUGCAUUUCAGCGGAUUACAUGAGCGAGUGCAAGAAUGGGAAGUACUUGACAUCGGCUGCAAAGUGUGAAGACUCCUGCUCCAAGGGCUACUACCCUGCGGGUUUGGAGUCGGUUGGUCGAACGUGCUCAUCCUGCGCCGAUAACUGCAGUGCCUGUGACGAUGCUACCAUCUGCACAGAAUGCAGGAACGCCAAGUAUUUGACUCCAGCGAAGUGGUGUCAAGAUGAGUGCCCUGCCGGAUACUACCACAAUGGCACUGGGCCAGUUGGACGUGAAUGCCUUGCGUGUGAUGACCUGUGCAACUUGUGCACCUCUGCAGAUGUAUGCGUGGAGUGCAAGGAUAACUCUUUUCUCACUGCAUCUUCUCAGUGUCAAGAGACAUGCCCCAAUGGAUUCUGGGGAAAGCCUGGCAUUCAGGGCAUUGGAGGUGUCUGUGAAUCAUGCCCGUCCACGUGUUUCACUUGCCUCGGGCCCCUUCAGUGCACUGUUUGCAAGGAUCAGUUCUACCUACAGGACGGGCAGUGUUUGCCCACUUGUCCGGAGGGUCAUUAUCAUGUGGGCGACACGGAUGUGGGUCGAAUAUGCGAGCAUUGUCCAGCGCAGUGCAAGGGCUGCGUCAGUGAAGAUGUGUGUACAGAGUGUCAAGGCUCCCUUUUCUUGACCCCCUCAUCAACAUGCGAGUCUUCGUGCCCAGACGGGCACUACAAGAAUUAUGUGGGUAUCGUUGGCAGUACAUGCCCGGCAUGCGCCGAGAACUGUAGCUUGUGCACGAACGCGACUUUCUGUACGCAGUGCAGGAACAGUGCCUAUUUGACCCCAGACGGGACAUGCGAGUCAUCCUGCCCAGAUGGUUUCUAUGGAGAUGGAGAGGGUGAGGUUGGUCGGGUCUGCAAGCCUUGUGCAGCUCCUUGCAACAAGUGCCUGACUGAGACUCAUUGCACUCAGUGUCGUGAGUCCACGUAUCUCAAUCCAUUGACCACGUUUUGUGAUGCGACAUGCCCCACGGGCUUCUACAGCAGUGGGGUCUCAGAUAUUGGCCGCACAUGCGAGCCUUGUGCGCACCAUUGCGAGAAGUGCGAAUCCAGCGAAUGGUGUACGGAAUGCAAGAACUCCAAGUAUCUCGACGGCCACUCAUGCUUGGACUCCUGCCCGGAGGGUUCUUACAAGCAGGGCACGGCAGCUAUUGGAAACACCUGCCAGGCUUGCUCCAAGGACUGCAAGAGAUGCACGAGCCUGGAGCGGUGCGAUGAAUGUGCUAAUGCGACCUACCUCACGGCCAAUCAUCGUUGCGCUGAUGAGUGCUCCAAAG